AUGGGCAAAGAAAGCGAAAACAGCCAAGACGACGGCGUCUGGAUGAUGGCAUCCAGCUUCACCAUUUUCACUAUGACAGCAGGAUUUGGGCUUCUGGAAUCAGGACGAGUAUCCCCAAAGGACGAAGUUAAUGUAAUGGUGAAAAACGUGGUCGACGUAAUUUUCGGAGGUAAGGAAUGA